AUUCCUCCCUCCUUGUCUUUAUCAUCACCCCACAUUCCCGUAUCCGCGUCCCAAUAGUCUUCUUUCCUUCCCCGUCCGACACAAUGGCUACCAACAUCACCUGGCACGCGGGUCUCACCCGUAAGGAGCGCAGCGAAUACCGCAAGCAGCAGGGCUUCACGCUGUGGUUCACCGGUCUGUCCGCGUCAGGCAAGUCGACCAUCGCCACGGCCCUCGAGCAGCACCUGCUGCACCUGGGCGUCGCGGCCUACCGCCUCGACGGCGACAAUGUGCGCUUCGGCCUGAACAAGGACCUUGGCUUCUCCGAGAAGGACCGGACUGAGAACAUCCGCCGCAUAGCUGAGGUCGCCAAGCUCUUCGCCGACUCCUCCACCGUCGCCAUCACCUCUUUCAUCUCCCCCUACAAGGCCGACCGCCAGGCCGCCCGCGACCUGCACGCCCAGACCCAGGAGGGCGACACGCCCCUCCAGUUCAUCGAGGUCUACGUCCAGAUCCCCGUCGAGGAGGCCGAGAAGCGCGACCCCAAGGGCCUCUACAAGAAGGCCCGCGCCGGCAUCAUCCCCGAGUUCACCGGCAUCUCCGCCCCCUACGAGGAGCCUGAGACCCCGGAGAUCAAGAUCGAGAGCGCGAAGACUAGCGUUGAGGAUGCCGUUGCCCUCAUCGUUAAAUACCUGCAGGACAAGGGCCUGCUCAAGCUUUAAAUGCUUUGUUUUAUGUUAAGACCUUUGUAUAGACUCAAAAAUACCUAGAUCUGUUGCCCUGCUGC